UGGUUUUCCUUCCAUGACUUCCGUUACAGAAGAGUAAAGACAUCAGGUUUGAGGUCACAAGCAAGAUCAUGUAAAGCGACAACAAUGAACAUAAUAAGCUCACAAAUCAUGUCAGCGCUCAGUAGAAGAUUUUUUACACCGAAGUUUGUCCAGUGUUGCAAAUGUUGCAGCAUGUGGCAUCCAAGAAAUUAUCAUUCAUUGAGAUCACAAACAGAUGUUUCUCAAGAAGUGAAAUCAUCAAGCCAGUCACAAUAUCCCAUGAUUCCUAGUUUUCAUUUGACAAAAAGAUUUCAGUCGUCAAGUUCCACUUCGGUGCUCGAUCAAACAUGGUGGAAUAACUUCAAAUAUACGAUGGGUGGCAUAAAGUCCAAAAUACCUGGACUGUCAAGAGAACUGACGAACCCCAAAGUAACUCUGUCAGGAUUCACGCUCUAUCUAUGUUGUGCACAGGUUGUUGACCAUCAUGAAAAUUUUGAAGUGCUACAGUUACCGAACACUUUCAACUCGUGGUUUCUACUCACAGAACUACACGUGUGGAUGGUCAUGGUGAAGCUGUCUAAGAUGGGUGACGAGGGAAUCACCAUGAGGAACUGUAUGAUAGAAGCAUUGUGGGAAGACUGCGAGAAGAGAGCCAAACUCCUUGGAACGGUGAGUCGGUCGGCGAGGAGAGAUGGGAUCGAUCUUCUCGGCAACGUUUUCCUCGGGUCUCUGUUUGCUUAUGACGAAGGUUUGCUCGGUGAUGACAAGACGUUGGCGGGUGCCGUGUGGCGGACGUUGUUCGAGCAGCGAGACACAGACCCUGGGAACAUCACGCUCAUGGUGGAAUACAUUAGAAAACAGAUAAAGCAUGUUUCCGCGCAGGACGAGAGAUCUAUUCUGUUUGACGGCGUCGUGACGUUUCUCCCUCUGUACGGUGACCGCGAGGACCCCAGUAGAGAUCUUCGUAAGCUGAUCAACAUUUACGACAAUCGGAUCUCCCCACCCAAACCCUCCGACACAUGACGCAGGCACUUGAUGUGGCGACAUGCUGUGAUCUGUGUCCCGUUUGACUGUCGACUUUGUGAUUUAUACACAUUUCAUGUUGGAAAACAUUGUGUAGCAAGACGAUUGCUUAUCAGUCUCCUGGCCUUGAUGGCUUGUGUUAAAACUACAUUUAGUAGAGG